UUCGGCGUUUCACAUGUUUCGACCAUUCGUCGCACGUUCGUCGAGGUUGGAGGGCAUGGAGCGGGCCCCGCGGCGUCAUGAAGCGAAUGCCCUUUACGAAGGCGAUACUAUCUACCUGAAGAUCGACGGGGAAGGGAAUGUUCACUCGGACGGGUUCGUGGACGAGCGGCUGGGGUGCAUCGAGAUGACGUCGCAACACGACGCCGCGCAGGAGUUGGAGGGAUGCCUGUUCAAAGUGCUCCCCAAGCUAAGCUACGAGGCCCACAAAGCCCUGCUGCGCAUCAAGUCGCAGUUUGCCGAAGGAAGUGACAAGUACAUACUCAUGGCCCAGCAGGCCAAAGUCGAAAGCGAUUUGAACGCGACCGUGUGUCGACGGACAGGCGACGACGGCCAGGUUGUGUUGUACGGUCAAACGAUUCAGCUUCAGCACGUGCGGUCAGGAAAGUUUCUCACGUCUCGCGUGAAGACCCUGGCCGAUGUGGACAAGACUUGCAUGAAGCUCACGUUGCAAGAAGAAGGUUCGACCAAGUGCUGGUUUACGUUUCUACCGCGCUAUAAAACACGAUCGGUCGGCAGCUCUGUGGAAUUCAACGAUGCGGUCUGCGUAUCGAGAGCCAAGUACACCAAACACUUUUUACACUUGAGCCAACGGUCGUACCCUCGCGACCAACUCCAGCGCAAGGAAGUUAACAUGAAUGCCAAGGAAACCAUCGUCAAAGUGAUCAAGUACGCAGCCGCAACGCCUGACGUGGGGCGGGCCCUUCAAGCUGGCAAACUGUAUCGCAUUUUUCACUUGGAAGGCCAGGGCUACGUCACAAUGUCAGCCAACCCAAAUGCCGCCACUAAACCGCCGUAUCUGCGGCUCGUGCGACCUGCCACGACAUACAACGCACCCGAGAAUCUCACGCUCAAGUCGUUGUUUGUGUUGGAGAAGGCGAAUCCGUUGGAAGGGGGCCGUGUGACCAACUGGGACGAUAAGUGCCGCCUUCGACAUUUGGCAACAGGCCGGUACCUAUCCCUUGGACCGCAGGCCAACGACGACGAUGCGAGUCAAGUGGCACUGACGAGCGCGACGCCUGACCAAGCCAAUGGCGACGGCGCGUACUUUCGACUCACUCCGUCGUCCAGUGGAGCCAUGGCGAAUGCCGCGCAAUUGUCUUGUCGUGUUGAGAGCCGACACGACAACGGAGUACUCUACCGACUACACAACCCCAACAAACCCAAACCAACCAAUCCUCGCCCGAAAAUCUCGUCGUCCACCAAGUACAAGACCAGCUUAACGCUCACGGCGACCACCCAUCAGUUCGACCAGGAUUGCUUUCGAUUUGUGGCUGCGUCCGAGACCGAAACGCAAGAAGCGUGUUUUCUGCACAGUGCGGUGCAGCACCUCCGUCGCUACGACCACGAUCUAUCCACGGCACUUUCCCUCAACAUUCGCAUUACUCACGAACUUAUGUACGAGAAACUGACGGCGCUCAAGCUUCUCGUGUCGUUCUUGCUCACGCGGCAAGACUCGGGAGCGGCGGACGACGAUGACACGCGCAAGGUCCCGAACGACGACCCAGUCUUCUUUGAAGGGGCCCCCGUGCCCGCACGGCAGGAGAAGGCGCGGGAAAUCAAACUCAUUGACGUCCUGUACCAAGUAUUGCGCGGCAUUCGGCAACACCGCGUGACCAUGUCCACGUUGGCGGCGGACCCCAAGUACAAAGUCCUCCAUCGCAUCCACCGGCUCUCCAACAAGGUGCUCGUGUGUGUCGUCCAAGACAACAUUGUCAACAAGAACUAUAUUGCCAACCGGUCCGCCGAUCAGUAUUUCUUGCGGCAAGCUACGGAAAACGAUGAUUAUCGACAAGACAUGAUGGAUAAUCCUUCCCCCUUUACGAUCCCCGUAGCCCCCCCUCAAGAUACCCUGACCUACAUGGACGAAACCCUAGACAACAUUGGAUCAGAAACUGGCUCCAAGUCGGUGUACCGUAGCCUCUUUCUCAACAACGGCGAACUUCUCGAGCAAAAGGUUGAUCUGGCAUUGAUCAAGUCGAGCUGCCGCAGCAUCCAAGCCAAAGGCGUGAAAGCAUCCGGUAUUUUGCAGUUUCUGUCGACCAUUUGCUCACACCACGGCCAAAACAUUUCGCACAACCAAGAGCUGAUCGUGCGGGCUCUCUACAGCUUGAACGACGACCAAGACAUGCAAGACACAAGGCACAACAUUCUCAUCGAAUCGUGCGAGUGCCCCACUCCCGUACGCGCCGUGCCAGCCAUCAUCAAAGACUUUGUCCUCGCUGCCCCGAGCGGGUCGAGCAGCUUCUCCCACGACGGACAUCCCAUGGGGUACUCGAUGCUCAACAAGGGCAUGGUGAACGUCGCCAUCAGUUGGAAAAGUUGUGCAAACUGGUUCAUGGGGGCGUCAGGGCUGUACUUUGAAGCGGACGAGCUCCAGUUGUCGACGAUUGUCGACGCGUUGGUGUCGGAGGACCUGAUUCAGUACGACAAGCAUCUGUGCAAGGAGCCUCUGCCACGGCAGUGGGUACUUCUCGAGCACGUGACGUGGACGCUCCAGCCCAAAGACAUGUUUCCCCUUGUGUUCAACAACAAACCGUGGGCAGACCAGUUCCAAACCAUCUCAAAAGACCCGGAAAAGGUUGAAAUGUUUGAACGACUCCAAGUGCUGGCCAACUAUUACAAGCUCCAGCUCGGGUUGUUUGCCGAGUUGCUGCGUGGCGGGUGCAUCUCUGCGAUCGAGGUCUUGAGCAAACAGUUCAGCUACAACAUGCUCCUGAGUGCGAUAUCAAACCCAAAAUUACCCCACACCAUUCGGAACUCGUUUACGACCAUUUUGCACCUUUGCUGGCUGAAUCGGUUUCCCCAUGAACCGAUGCUCGUGCCCAAGACCGUGUAUGCCUUUGACGAUGUCACAGCCGUCGAAAAGCAAGCCCAUCCGUUGCUCGCCCAUUUUCAUUUGAAAGCCGGCCAUCCCGCCCUCACGUCCGACGACGCGUUCAUUUCGUACCCGUUUGCCGACAAAUUCGCGUUCAUUCAAGGAGUGAUCCACGAGAUCAUCUCGCGCAUGGCAUUUGAAAAGAGCAUGCUGUGCUCCGUGGAUGCGAAUGUGUUGCUGAGCUCGCUCUUGGAGAUCGUGUCGUGGCUGGUGCGGUGCGGGUUUUACGCCGACUUGGACUCGCACAGCCGACUGGCUGGUCCGCUGAUUCGGCUUCUGGACGGCCGCAACACAGUCGUCCUGGCCGACAGCCCCGCGCACGACUCGACGGCGCGGUACCGCUGCAAUAAGCUGCACAAUGCCGUGACAAAGUGCAAGCUGCAGAUUUGCCAGAUCUUGGGUCACAUCACGCUCAUUUGGCGCGACUUUGAGCUGUGGAGCGUCGUGUCCAACUUCAAAUUCAGCAACUCUGUGGUGGACCCGCUCGUGUUGGAGUCGGGGGAGCUCGGCAAGGCGGGUGUCAAUCACUUUGUGAAUUUGUUUGCCAAGUCGGCAUUAGACAUGCGCGUGGUGACGAAGGCCCCGCUAGAAACCAUUUGCAUGGACUUGAUCAUGUACGACGACGAUCACCUCGUGCACGAGGCGCUGGCGCUGCUGCUGCAACUCAAUACGCGGCGGGAACAAGUGCUCAACUACCUCAUGAAGUGCAUCCUCGUCCGGAACGCCGUCCCGAACGUUGCGAUCGCCGCCAGCACCAAAUCCAGCUCUCAAGUGCUCAAAGAACUAGAGUACAUCGUGCCACUGUUCAAGCAUUACAUUCAAGCGUUUGAGUCGCCGUUACUGUGCGAGCACUUGUGCGAUGCCAACCACGUGCGGCUUGGGUACUUUGGGGUAGGCCGUCUCCUCGUGGACAUUUUGGUCAAGCUCGAAGAGUGCUGUGCCGACCGGCUGCAUUACGACGACUCGUUGCAGCCAAACGUGGAAAAGCAAGCCAUUUUACUGGAGCUGCUGCUACACGAACACGCAAUGAAGUUGAUCCGCAUGCACGUUGUCGACACGCAGUACGACCCGCAGUUGCAAGCUGUGAAAGACGAAUGCUGUGCGUUUUUCAAAGCCCUGAUGGCCAAGAACCCCGCCGGCCAGAAAGCCAUGUUCGACUACCUCCCCGAACUCAUUGAUCGUUUCGACCAAGUGGACGGCAUGGGCGAUGUCCUGAUUAACAUGUUUGUCGACAACCGAAGCUUGUGCUUGUGCGUCCCAGACCAAGCGAUUUGGGCGUUCAUGAAGCUCCUCAACAACCACGUGGGGGACCUUCGGCACCCCGACCCCGCCAAACACCGUCGGUCGUCGUCUUCGAAUGCGAUUUCCACGAUCAUGGAGUUCUUCAAGCGAUACAUCAUCCCCGACGAAGCACCCGUGAAAGCCAACCAAGUGCACUUGUUUGCGAUCAUGACUAACCCUCAAUUUGACCAUCUAUUGCUACCGUUUGGCCAAGAUAUCACGCCCGACAUGGACGUGGGCUCGUCCAGCCUUCGCGCCACGGCUGGCUACACGGCCCUUAUGCACGUCGUGGAGACGCCCAGUGAGGCAGACUUGCUCGCGUACUUUGAAAAGAUUCUCGAGGCGUUCAGUGUCAUGUGCUACGGCAAGAACUUCAAAACCGAAGUCGAGUGCCAGCAGCUGUACCCGCUCAACUUGAUCUUGACCGUGCUGCUGGACGACGCCAUGCCCCUCAGCUUGCGCGUCGUUGCGAGCAAGUUCUUGUCCGAGGUGUUCUUUGACACUGACUUGGAAGUGGACCCACAGCUGGCCGUGAUGCCCGCCGUGUGGGAUGUCCUUCUCCACUGCUCCAAGCAACUAGCCACGUUCAACGCAUUGUCAUAUGAACUGCACACGUCGUCCAGCCUGAUGUCUUCCCUGGGCGAAGUCGUGUACGAUACUUCGUUCAUUCAACUGCAAGAGUACAUUUUCCAGGGCGUGCUGUGUGUCGUCACGUCGUUCUUUCGGGGAGUGUACGACCCAUCGGCGGCCGAUUUGAACGAACAGACGAUCCACAUUUACGACGCGUUGAAAGCCGACCUCAAGUCGCUCAAGAAACGCGCCAAGCUCGGAUGGCGGCAGCUCGAGAUUUGCAACUAUUGUGCGUUGGCUCUCGGGGUGGAUUUGGGGGGUAGUGCCGAUACGGGCUUGACGAUCGUGCCGCCACCGACCAAGCCGCCGCUGACGUCUCGACGCAGCCGGUCCCCUCUCCAGCGCGUCAAGUCCCGUGAAGUCAAAAUCGGCGCGUUGCAACGCCCCGCCCCCCGCUUGGGCCUCACGUCGUCGGAUGCGUUAGCCGCGGCCCAGAAAUUCGACGAGUUCAAGUACGCGAUGGUGGCCAACGCGGACGUGGCGGCGAGUGUGCUCGAUGAGUUUCGCGAUCUGGUCGAAGCGAUCGAAGACAUUGAGUCGCUGACGAGCAAAACGCCCGGCGAGGACGCAGCAGCCAACCCGCUGGACGGACGUGCCAACACGAUCACGCCGACGUUGUUUUGCAGUCGUGUGGUCAAGUUUAUCCAAGACAACCCGGCGUCGAGUUGUGUAGUGUACGCGAUCGAAGCAUUGCUGCAGCUCAUUUCUACCAAACACUUGACUGAGGAUGCCAAGAAGAAACUCCAAACCGUCGAGAUCGAAGAAGCGCGCGUGACAUACCAAGACACGCAGUCGUUCAUGGCUGGCUGCGGGGCGGCCAAAUUGGUGCUGAAUUUGAUUGCGGGGGGCUACAAGUCGACGUUGGUGCUCAAGGCCGUGGAAUUCGGCAUCGAAAUGCUCUACGGAGGGAAUGUGACUGUCCAAACCAUCUUUUACAACUCGAUGAAGGACGGCGACGAGCGGUUAUUCCUGCAAAUCGAUCAAAUUCUGCAACAUGCGAUCGAACAAGUUAAAGAAACCCGUCGGAGUUUCAAGUACAUCAAGGAAUCUCGCAAGAACCGAGGACCGGCCAUGGUGGCGGCGGUGGAUGCUGCUUCCGCCACUUUGUCCGCCGAGGACGCGGCGUCGGCGCAUCUCGACUCGACGCUGUCUGGAGACAUCCUCGUCAAGUUUCUAGCGCUACUGAUCAAGGGACAUUAUCUGAACAUGCAGCUCGUGAUGCUUGACCAGAGCUACGUCGGACACGCCAACAGCGUCAAUGUGCUGCAGACGGUCACGGCGUACUUGGCGAUUCUGGUCAAGGACGAACUGCAGCUGCAAAACAUGACCUCGAACGACUGCACGUCUUUGAACCAGUGCUGGGAAUUUCUCGUCGAAACGAUGCAAGGACCGUGCAGUCCCAACCAAGAGUUUCUCAUGGGGUCGGUGAUGGUGGAAAUCUUCCGCAAAACGAUCAAAGCCCAGAUCAAUGUCCGAACCGACGACGACGACACCGACGAGUUGCCGACGGCGGACUUGGUCAAGUCACUUAAAGCCAACUCGGUCAAGGCGAUGGUGAGUUUGCUCGAAGGUCGUACAAACGACCAAGUGCAAACUCGCCUGCGGAGUACGUUGGAGAUCAAAGCCAUCAAGAAUCGUCUCGUGGAAAUCUACGAACAAUUCCAAGCCGAAAAGGAACAGCACAAGGCGGAUGUGACGUGGGACGAACGGUUCCUCCAAGAAGGCGUGGCGCUGUUCACCCUUGCCACGAGUGUCUUUGCCAGCGCCGCCGGGGACGACAGCUUUGCGCCGGUCGCCACGGACGCGGGCACGACGAAAGCGCCCAAGCGCGGCGACUUUUCCAGCGAAUCCGCCUACCGACGUGCUAGAGAUGUGUGGAAGCGCGACGCCACCUAUGCCAAGGUGUAUGCGUUCUUUGACGCGAUGCACUGCUCCAUCGAGCUGUGGUGGGGCGUGGGGGAACCUCGCUUGGACAAGGUGUACUUUCCCAAGGCAUCACAUUGUCGCAUGCUGCGGUAUCUCAAGUCCAAGAAGAACCGGCUCCUGAGCGACCUCGACUACAAGUCGAGCGAGCGACUCAAGCAGUUUACGAGCGCCGCGUCUGGGUUCAACGAAGAAAUGCAGCACAUUGAAAACCUGAGCAACUUUUUCCUGUACAACAUUGUGCGGCCAUACAUUCCGCACUUCAAAAAUAUUAGCUUUCUCCUUGCUAUCUUUAUGAACUUGAUCAUGCUCGUGUCGAUCCGACAUCAAGACGAAAGCCUCGAGUUUUACUUUUACCCGUCUAGCCUCCAAGAACCCAUGACGUACUUUGGCAUUGCGCAGAUCUGCUUGUCCACGCUCGUGUUGGUGUUUAUGCUAGUGAUCAGCGGACCCCUCAUUUUCCGCGCCCGAUUGAACGCGAUGAUCAAAAACUCGAUGGACAAGUAUAAACGCAAGAAGAACUACACCAAGCAAGACGUCGCGGCAGACUUUGACAUCAAAAAUGCCAUCCAAACCAUCGACAUCAAGCAAGCCAUGCAGCUGGAAAACAUGUCGAGUCGGGCCAAAGGCGGCGCCAAGUGGCUCAAGAAGACGGCAAUCCAGCUCGCGCAGGACAGCGUCCACUUUGUGCGGUCAUACCUGCCGUUCAUGAAGAUGAUCUUUCUCAUGUAUUUGCUGCAAUUCACGCUCCUGCAAGCGUUUCCCGACUUUCCAGAUUGGAUGCCCUUUCUUGUGCUGUUCCUGCCGUUCGUGCGCAACACGAGAGAGUACUUGGAAAAGAGCAGCUCAUGGGUCGGGCUCUUGUAUACGUUUGUAUACGACGUCAUUUUUGACAAGAUCACCGCGUUCUACUCGGUGUACCUUGUCACAGCGUUUUGUGCGACGCUGAUCCACCCCAUCUUCUACGGCUACCAUCUCCUGGACCUGGUCAUCAUGAGUCCGUCACUGCAAAACGUCGUGCGCGCCGUGACCAAGCCCGGCCGCGCCCUCGCCCUGACCUGUCUCUUGGGUUUGUUUGUCAUUUACUUUUACACGAUGCUGCUGUUCUUCUUCAACCCGACCGACUCGACCGACGACGACACGCACAUUGAGUACUGCUCCACGCUCAUGGACUGCUUCCUCACGGUCGUACACCGCGGCCUCAUCUCCGGGGGCGGCAUCGGCGACUACCUCACGUCUGGCCUCAACCACCCGCCCAACAUCAACGUGCGCAUGGCGUACUGGCUGCGCAUCUUGUACGACCUGUCGUUCUUUGUGCUCGUGAUCGUGCUGCUACUCAACAUCAUCUUUGGCAUUACGAUCGACACGUUUGGCGACUUGCGCACGGAAACCAACGAACGAGAAGACUUGAAGCGCAACCAGUGCUUUGUAUGUGGGUUGUCUCGGGAUGUCUUUGACAACCAUUACAUGCAACUGGGCAUCUCGAACGGGUUUGACAAGCAUAUCACGCAAGACCACAACAUGUGGAGCUACUUGUACUUUAUUGUACAUUUGCAAUCGUUGUCGCUGGUGGAAUGCACUGGACCUGAAGCCUACGUCAAGUGCCUGCUUGAAAAAGACGAUGUGUCGUGGUUCCCUCAAUCCAUGGCCAAAUGCUUAGCCAAAACCAACGAACACUCGACCGAGCAUGACUUGGUCGAGAUCAAGGGCCAGCUCAAAGCGCUGGCGUCCCAGAUGGAACAUGUGUCGUCGAUGGUGCUGGACCCUUAACAAGUAGAGGCUACAGGAAGCUGAAACUCAUCCAUAGGAGAUAUGAUAUAUCGCAGAGGGUUGUUAAAUGUAACUUGAGGUCGUCUAGUGGAAUGUCGAGUGUACAUGAACGCAACCUCAAGGGGCCAACGUGGCCGCCUUGUCCGCCACGAGUUGGUCAAUGUACGCUUGCAUGGCGUAAAACUGGUCGGCUUGGGCGGUGAGGAUGUCGAGCAGUUCGUUUUUUUCAUGUUCGAGUCGCUCAGCCAUAUGUUUGUACUGCAGCAUCAGUUGCUUGGUGUGCUCCACCGACGACACGGAUGCUUCUGGCAACGAUGACGACACCGCAUGAUCAUCUCCAUUGACUGGUUGAGAAACGUCCAAGUGAUUCGAUGAAGUCGGUGAAAUGGACGGUGGGGACAACUCAUGGUGGGGAGGGCGUUGCACAACCUUCAGUGGCGACGGUUCCUUGGUAAGAGGUUGUUGUCGACUGGGCGACGGGGGAGUUUGGUGGAGAAACUGCGGAGUCACAGGAGUUCCAACAGGGGAUGGAGGGGUAGGCUUGUCUUCGAUUUGGGGCUUUGGGGGGGACGGUGGAUUCGAGUAGUCGGGCGAGUUGAGUUGCAUCGAGCUGAACGCUGCACGAACAUGCACGGGGGGGUUGCGGACGGGGGAUUGGGCAGGACUAGACGUUGCCUGAGUGAAGUGCGGAUUAGCUGACCGUUGCGGCGACCCAAACAAGUCUGCCGCCGAAGGGGGCAGCUCGACGGAACUGUCGCCCACUGGAGCGGGUGGGACGUCCACGGGCGUCUGCUCCGUGACAGGUGUGUGAAACGCAUCGGAAGAUGGAGUGCCAAAUAGGUCGGCGGCGUCCGUCACAGGAGAUGUCGAAUCGAAACCAAAUGGUUGUGCUGGGGUGUAUCUGGGGCUUGCUUGGGGGGCAUAUGACGCUGGGGCGGCGGUCAAGAAAUCACCCGACGGACCAUCGCUCGACCCAAACAAAUCCGAUGCAGAUGACUGAGAAGAUUGGUCCGUGAAGAAAUUAUGCGACGCCGAAGAUGACGACGACGACAGAGGGGCGGGGGCGUGAUGGUCAUGGGAGAAAAAUGAAGUCGCCUGUGGGGGGAACGAGGGAGGAGAUGCUUGGGGUGGAUGGUCAUACGAGUGGUAGUGUCCAGAUGGACCUUGUUCGUGUGGCGGACCGGACUGGGGCGCGAAGGGCGAUUGCUGGUGGAGCCCCGAUUGGUCAAAGUAGGAGUCCGUUGACGACGCAUAGUGCUGCUGCUUCGACGGGUAGGGAGUGUAUUGCGCACUGAAAGGUCCAUUGUCUUGUUGUCGUGCAUACGUGACGCCGUGGUUACCAGAGCGCGGGCCAGAUGGCGGAUAAUACUGAUGUGCCUGCUGCUGGCCGGUGCCUAUCGCGUCCAAAUCCAAGGUUUCAUACUGGUCCUCGUUCGCAGGCAGUGAUGGAGGGCCAUAGUUCACGGGAGUAUUUGCAUGAUGUCCAUGGGCAAAUGGUGCCGGUGGACCUGAUCCGUUCGAUCGCGGCGGCUGCUGCUGUGGCUUCCCGUUUGAGUCGUUCGACACGAAUGACUGCAGGAGGCGAUUCAUUCAAACGGCUUUUCUGCCGCGGGCAG